AUGGUAUCGUCAGAAACCUACAGCAACAUACCCAGUAUCGCCAGAAACCAACAGCAACAUACCCAGUAUCGUCAGAAACCUACAGCAACAUACCCCAGUAUCGUCAGAAAACAACAGAAACAUACCCCAGUAUCGUCAGAAACCAACAGCAACAUACCCCAGUAUCGCCAAAAAACCUACAGCAACAUACCCCAGUAUCGUCAGAAGCCUACAGAAACAUACCCAGGUAUCGUCAGAAACCAACAGCAACAAAGCCCAGUAUCGUCUGAAACCUACAGCAACAUACCCAGUAUCGCCAGAAACCAACAUCAACAUGCCCAUAUCGCCAAAAAACCUACAGCAACAUACCCCAGUAUCGUCAGAAGCCUACAGCAACAUACCCAGGUAUCGUCAGAAACCAACAGCAACAUACUCCAGUAUCGUAAGACACCAACAGCAACACAUCCCAGUAUCGUCAGAAACCAACAGCAACAUACCCCAGUAUCGUCAGAAAACAACAGCAACAUACCCCAGUAUCGUCAGAAACCUACAGCAACAUACCCCAGUAUCGUCAGAAACCUACAGCAACAUACCCCAAUAUCGUCAGAAAACAACAGCAACAUACCCCAGUAUCGUCAGAAAACAACAGCAACAUACCCCAGUAUCGUCAGAAGCCUACAGCAACAUACCCAGGUAUCGUCAGAAACCAACAGCAACAUACUCCAGUAUCGUAAGACACCAACAGCAACAUUCCCCAGUAUCGUCAGAAACCAACAGCAACAUACCCCAGUAUCGUCAGAAACCAACAGCAACACAUCCCAGUAUCGUCAGAAACCAACAGCAACAUACCCCAGUAUCGUCAGAAAACAACAGCAACAUACCCCAGUAUCGUCAGAAACCUACAGCAACAUACCCCAGUAUCGCCAAAAAACCUACAGCAACAGACCCCAGUAUCGUCAGAAACCUACAGCAACAUACCCCAGUAUCGUCAGAAACCAACAGCAACAUACCCCAGUAUCGCCAAAAAACACAGCAACAUACACCAGUAUCGUCAGAAGCCUACAGCAACAUACCCAGGUAUCGUCAGAAAGCAACAGAAACAUACCCCAGUAUCGUCAGAAACCAACAGCAACAUACCCCAGUAUCGCCAAAAAACCUACAGCAACAUACCCCAGUAUCGUCAGAAGCCUACAGAAACAUACCCAGGUAUCGUCAGAAACCAACAGCAACAAAGCCCAGUAUCGUCUGAAACCUACAGCAACAUACCCAGUAUCGCCAGAAACCAACAUCAACAUGCCCAGUAUCGUCCGAAACCUACAGCAACAUACCCUAGUAUCGUCAGAAAGAAACAGAAACAUACCCCAGUAUCGUCAGAACCCUACAGCAACAUACACCUGUACUGUCAGAAACCUACAGCAACAUACCCCAGUAUCGUCAGAAACCAACAGCAACAUACCCCAGUAUCGCCAAAAAACCUACAGCAACAUACCCCAGUAUCGUCAGAAGCCUACAGCAACAUACCCAGAUCGUCAGAAACCUACAGCAACAUACCCCAGUAUCGCUAGAAACCUACAGCAACAUACCCCAGUAUCGUUAGAAACCAACAGCAACAUACCGCAGUAUCGUCAGAAACCAACAGAAACAUGCCCCAGUAUCGUCAGAAACCUACAGCAACAUACCCCAGUAUUGUUAGAAACCAACAGCAACAUACCCCAGUAUCGUCAGAAACCUACAGCAACAUACCCCAGUAUCGUCAGAAACCAACAGCAACAUACCCCAGUAUCGUCAGAAACCUACAGCAACAUACCCCAGUAUCGUCAGAAACCUACAGCAACAUACCCCAGUAUCGUUAGAAACCAACAGCAACAUACCCCAGUAUCGUCAGAAACCAACAGCAACAUACCCCAGUAUUCUCAGAAACCUACAGCAACAUACUCCGUGUGUUCUUUUGUAGAAUGGGCCAAGUACUUGCUACAAAGUGGAGCAAAAUGUGUUUUGAGUGAACAUUACAAUCAAGACCCGUUGAAGCAGUGGUUUGGCAAACAUCGUCAAGCAGAAGGAUGCAACGAAAAUCCCACUGUACAGCAAUACAACAAUAAUACAGUCAACUGGCAAGGUUCAAAUGCUUUGCCGUCUGUUAGUGGCAACACAACUGCCUAUAGACAGGCACUCAAAUUCAUAGACAACACUCCUCUACAGAGGCGAGCUAGACAUGUAUAG